CUUUGCCACGUAAUGAGCAGAUGGACUCUUGUAGACUAUUAUGUUCUUAGAAAAACGAAACAACUUCCGAAGCAUGCCAGAGUGUGGCAAAUAUUUAAUAGUUUUUCUUUAAAAACUGAUUUCAUUCAACAUUCAAGUUUUUCUUUUCUAUUGGUGAAGUGUGUAAUGUGAUCGUUUAGAAUAGCAUGUAGGAAUUAAGAAUUAAGUUGAUUUGAACAUAAAACGCAUGGGAAACUGCAAGAUGAGAUGAGGGAUUUCCGAGCACAAAUAAAGAGAGAUUAAAAAAAGUAUUUUAAAGACGUAGGAGGUCUUUGAGGAGGGGGGAGGCUGGAAAUUUCUCCUGUUGUGCAGAACAGUCUGGGACGGCUUCCUGCCGCCUAUUGCUCCACUUUUUUUUCUUCAACUUUCCAAGUACAGUUUUCAGCGAGGACGAACUAUUUGGUCACGAAGCAGUGACCCUGUAAACGGGGACACAGGAUUCGAGGGGAAGAACUAGAAAAAAGAUGUUCGUGUAGCUUCAAGGAAAGAAGACGGAAGCAGCUUUACAAAAAGAUGUUUCGGAAAAAAGCAUCUUCAUCUUUGAGAGUGACAAGGAUAACGGGAAGCUCAACAUACAGGGGGCGUAGUUUGUCCUUCCAUGAGGUUCGUUGCCAACGUGAGAUGGAGAUGAGGGCCGGAACUGAAGAGCCAUCAAAUAGCAAUGUAUCAGGUGGUGGCAGUACAGUCCUUCAGCGUCUCCUUCAGGAGCAGAUGAAUCGAAACUAUGUGCUGCAACAACAGCAACAGUCUGGAGGAGGGGGGGUUGGAGUAGCAACAGGAGGAGGAGGUGGAGGUGGCUAUUCAGUACUUGGACAGGUAAGCCCCUCUGAUGAUCAUUCUGUAAGCGCUCACAUUGCAAGACAAGAGCCCCAGGGACAGGAGCUUCAGACAGACAGUGGCCUGGAGAAGGUUGGUGUCAUCAGAGUUGGUGGGCAUGGUGGGGGCAGUGGAGGUGGGGGAUGUGUGGGCUCUUGUGGAGAAGCAUCCAGUGGCGGGGGCAGUGGAGUUGGUGGCAUCACCCAAGGACAAUGCCCUAACCUAGAAGAUCUCCCUACAUACGAGGAAGCCAAAGUACAGUCACAGUACUUCCGCGGCCAUGGUUCUCCUCCUCAGGCUCAGCAGCAGCAGCAGCAGCAGCAGCAGAAUGGCCAGGCCCAGCAGCCUUCACUGCCUGCCUCAUUAGGUGCUGCUUUCUACGUUACUGGCCUGACCAGCACCAAAGUUCGCACUGAGGGUCGCCCAACACUACAGCGCGUCAGUGGUACCGGGAAGGUGCACCAAGAUGAUGGACUAAAAGAUUUAAAGCAAGGACACGUCAGGUCUCUCAGUGAACGACUUAUGCAACUUUCUUUAGCCACCAGUGGUGUGAAAGCCCAUGCUCCUAUAAGCAGCACCCCACUUUCCCCACAGCUACCCCCAUCAUGCCAGCCUGGAGACUACUACAAGCCACAGCAUCGAGGCCCACCACCAGACUAUCCUUUUAAAGGAAUAUGUUCUCCUGGCAGUCAUCCAGAAUCUGGAGGCCACUUUUAUCAGGAGCCAAGAGUAAGGAAUCACUCCAGAGAGGUUCCAACUGUUCGAUAUCAGCCCCCUCCUGAAUAUGGCUCUUUCAGAUCCACUAAGGAGGUCUCAGUUCACUACCAGAGGCCCCUCAACCAGCACAGUCCCAGCUCCUCUGUGACCUCUGUUGGAUCCUUGUCUCGUGCACAAUCCUCUACUCUGAGCAGCAUGCUCUCUGCUGCCUCUCACUCCUCUCAUCCAUCAAUUCCUCACCAGUCACCUCCAAGCCAAGGAGAGCCAUACCCAAUUAUGGGACCCCGUGUUCCACAUGGAUCAGGCUCCCAUCAAGUGGCAGAGCCUUUCCCCCCAGGACCUGUUCAUCAGACAACGCAGAGGGGUCAUGCUUUUCUUUCUGACUCUUAUGGCUCCACUCCAAGGUUGCAUCAUCAUCAGCAACACAAUCAAUGUCAACAGCAGCAACUCCAGGGUCCUUCCCAUCCCCAGUUGUCUAUGCAGGCAGGACAUGUUCCCCAGCAGCAGUCCUUCAUACAGCUACAGGGAGAGCCUUUUGCAGUGAUGGCCCAUGCCCAGCAGAUGGUGGAUGUGAUGACUGAGGAGAACAGAAUUCUAAGACAGGAGAUGGAGGCUUGUCGUGAGAAGGUCACCAGGUUACACAAGUUGGAAACAGAGAUACAGCUAGUGUCAGAGGCCUAUGAAAACCUUGCCAAGUCUUCCUCUAAGAGAGAAGCAUUGGAGAAAACUAUGAGGAGCAAGUUGGAGCUACAAGUGCGCCGACUGCAUGACUUCAACAGAGACCUGCGAGAGCGCAUGGAGACUGCUAAUAAACAGCUCGCCUCUAAAGAGUGUGACAGCUCUGAAGACAAUCGGAAAACCAUCUCCCAGCUGGUUGCUCAGAAUAAAGAAAUUCUGCGGGAGAAGGAAAAGCUGGAGAUGGAGCUGAAUGCACUUCGCUCAACUGCAGAUGACCAAAGGAGACACAUUGAGAUCAGAGACCAAGCGCUGAACAAUGCCCAGGCAAAAGUGGUUAAACUGGAGGAGGAGCUUAAAAAAAAACAAGUUUAUGUGGAGAAAGUGGAAAGGAUGCAACAGGCUCUGGCUCAGCUCCAAGCAGCAUGUGAGAAGAGAGAACAACUAGAACACCGUCUUCGUACAAGACUGGAAAGAGAGCUGGAGUCUUUACGUCUGCAGCAGCGUCAAGGAACCUCACAGAGCAGCAGCUUGGUGACAUCAGAGUACAAUGCCACAGCACUAAUGGAGCACCUAAGAGAGAAGGAGGAGCGCAUUCUGGCUCUGGAGGCUGACAUGACUAAAUGGGAGCAGAAGUAUUUAGAGGAAAGUGUAAUGAGGCAGUUUGCCCUGGAUGCUGCCGCGUCCGUUGCUAUGCAGAGGGAUACAUCUGCAGCAGGGAUAAACCACUCUCCAAGCAACAGCUAUGACACUUCUGUUGAAGCUCGAAUUCAGAAGGAAGAAGAAGAGAUCCUAAUGGCCAAUCGUCGCUGUCUCGAUAUGGAGAGCAGGAUAAAGAAUCUUCAUGCCCAGAUCAUUGAGAAAGAUGCCAUGAUAAAGGUUCUUCAUCAGCGGUCUAGGAAAGAACCCAUGAAGUCUGAUGCACCAUCUGCCAUGCGGCCUUCUAAAUCCUUGAUGUCCAUCUCUAACACUGGUCCAAGUGGUUCAGGACUGCUUUCGCACAGCCUUGGGCUUAGCAGCUCACCAAUCACUGAGGAGCGCAAGGAUGCCAGCUGGAAGGGAAGCCUCGGAGUUCUGCUGGGUCCAGAGUGUCGCACAGAGUCUCUGCGGACAGAAUCCAUUUCAUCAUCCCCUUCCCCCGUACUUUCUACCACUCCGAUGACUACAGGUCACUCAAAGACAGGCAGCCGGGACAGCUGCACACAGACUGACAAGGGUCAAAGCCAAGAAGCCAGCAAGCCUAGUCCUUCAGUCCUGCAGAGUAUGACCCUGCCUGCCCGCCUAUCAAGCCCCAGCCCGGUCUACAUCCCAGAUCGCUUAGCAGAAGUUCCAGUGUUUCACAGCAGCACCUUUGAACGAAGGUUCCUUGUGCAGACCCAUUCACAGCAACAAGCUCUCCCUUCAGCUCCAGCAGUCCAACAAGAGGUAGACACAGACAUCGUUGAGAUCCUCAUAUGAAACCAUGAAUUUAAGAAAAAAAACAACAACAAAAAACGUAUAUGCGUAAGUGAUGAAUGGCAGCUUCAUCACAAGAACUCUCUUCAUCAUCCUGCACUCUUAGAGCUACAUCCUAGUCCUGAGACAUUUUGAUUUAUCUUUUCAUCCUAUAUCCUUUCAUUCUAUAAGUUUAGCCUGACUGAAGAAAGAACAACAUUACAAGGGGUACAACUCUGCAUCAGAAAUGGGCCUGAAGCAAUUUCAGAGGUUAUUAUAUUUUUUCCACUGGUUUUUGUUGUAAUGUAUUCUUGAAAGUAGUAGGGAAUUAAAUAUACACUUUGUCUUUAAAAAAUGUGCAUAGUUAGACAAUACUGAGCAGCAAAGUCCCCUCCAAACUCAGAUUAAUUUCAUUUGGGAUUUCUAUACCGAAGUUAAAGUGUUCUACUUGUUAAACACUUUUGUAUUUAAUAACUAGUUGUUGUGUUUAUUAGGAUAAUGACUAUAUUACUAACCAUAGUACCGAAUGUUUUUAGCACAUCUAUCAUACUUUGUAAAGUUUUCCAACAAACGCAGCUGGUUUUUGUUAAGCUUUCUGAAAAGACUUAAGGUAGCAAUGAAAGAUCAUUGCUUUUUCAAGGUAAAGUAACCAUUUCAAAUAUCAAGAAAUUUAUUCAGACUAAUCCCAUUGGACCAAUUGUAUAUACUGUUAUUUGCAUUAUUUAUUGCACAGAUUCACAUCUGCUUUAUGCUUUAUUUUAAGGCAUUUGGCCUUGUGUUUGCGUGUGUGUGUUUUUAUAUAUAUCUUAGAUAUUAGAAAUACAUAUGCUGUCAGGACUGAUAUCAACUAGUGUUUAACAAACCCUUCACAAAUAGAGGUUUCCUUUGUGUCUGUUAUUUCUAACUUAAAACCACAAAUUAAAAAAGCUACAAGCAUGACAAAUCGUAAAUGACUUAGCACAGGGGUGCUCACGUCCAGUCCUCGAGAGCUACCAUCCUGCAACUUUUAGAAGCAUCCUUUCUUCAACAGACUGGGAUCAGCUCCAAACAGGCCUGAUGGCGAGCCAUUCAUUUGAUUCAGGUGUGUUGGAGCAGGGAUACAUCUGAAAGUUGCAGGAUGGUAGCUCUCGAGGACUGGACUUGAGCACCACUGAUUUAGAAGUUCAGCCUUUUAACUUUCUCUAAAUAUUAGUAUUUGUAUCUAGAUUAAAUUAAAUCAGCCUGACAUUUUACAAUGGUCACAUGCACACAUAUAUUCUGGUUUAUUUUUGUUGUAUUAAUUAAAAAAGAGAACUUAAUCAAAUAAUUUUAUUACCACGCCAUGUUGCUCUCUAACCUUAAAAUGCAAUUUAUUUUCAAGGAAAACCAUUUACUGUCAUCCAAUUGGAAGAUGAGAUUUGAACCUGAGCACUUACAGCUUAUAGAAUGCAUAUGCACAGUGCUGGUAAAUAUAAUUGCAUUUAAGGCUUCAUUUUAUUAUCGCAUGAAAAUACCCUGAAUAAAAGCAAAAUCAUUAUUGCCUUUAACAAGAUAAGGGGAUUCUGCAAACUUCAUUCAGAAAGACCCCAGGUUGGGAGUCAAACCGAGGACCUUCUAGUUGCAAGCUAACAGUGCUACCAACCACACCACUGCACAGCCCCCAAUUCAAUUCAUUUCAAUUGAAUUGAAUUGCGUUAUAUUUAUAUAACACAAAUUCACAAUAAAUGUCAUCUCAAGGCACUUUACAAAAUCUAUCAAUUUAAUCACACAUUCCAACUGAUCCUAGUUAUCAAACGGUACAUUAUGCUCAAAUAGUUAUUCACUAAAGUUUAAAAAUUUUCGAUCUAAUAAAACCCUGCAGAUUGCAUCUAGUCUAGUCUAGUGUAGAGGAAAAAAAGACAAGAAUGUCAAUUUGUAACCCAGUUUUUCUCCAAGAGAGGUGGGUUGACUGUGUGAGAUU